CCAUUUACAUGAUAUGGGCUUCACAUUUUUGGCUUCAACAUCAACACCUAAGUUCGAUUUUGCUUCAAGGUUGUUAUCUCUUCCUCCAUUGUUUUUCUCCAUUCAAUACUCUUACAUGCUUCUUCAAAUGUCAUUGGCUCGUCGAAACUAUCUUCUUCAGCAAGUGCUGUAUUUUCGUGCUUAUGAUUUGGUCUUCGUUGCCCUUUUUAUCUUCGAAGCUAUUGUGAUUGCUCCUUCACUGCUUCCUCAGAUUGAUUUGGUAGAAUAUCUUCUGGCAUACUAUGUACUCUGUUUCGCCACAGACUUGGGGGAGAGUUAG